GACCCCAUUCGGUACAUCCGCCAGGGGGCUUCAACCGACCCAGACCGCGCUUGUAUUUUAGACAGGUAGGUAUUAGGUACGUACAUCACAUUCUCCUUCGUUCUCGAAUUAUCACUUUUUUUCCAUGAGUUGUCUAAUAAGUAAUAAUUAAGGACGAUACUUCUUAAAAUAAUCAAUUUAGGUACACCUAUAUAUCUUGAUUCUGUUGUCUACACUAAAUAUUUUACAGACACACGCGUGUCUCCUAAACAAUUUGUUGACACCGAAAGCCGAUUCUAACGUGGAUGAUCAACAAAUGUACCUAUCUGAGUAAAUAUUUAGUAUUUUAAUAAAUAUUUAAUAACAAAUAAGCAACGAUAUUAAUCUGAUAGAGAGCUGUUAUUGUACGACGACAAUUUUCGCAAGUUCUUCGACCACCUACGUUAUAUGUAAUUACAGUCGCGACAGACCAAUUUUACUGAGUGACGUUGUUAUCUAAUUACCUACAGAUAGGUAUCGCGAUAUGAAAUUCUGGACAAUUUAUGUCAUUGUCAUAUUCUCUUUACAUCUUGAUGUAAUAACAGCACUCAGUAUUCAAAACGAAUCAGUAAAUGACGAAACUACAAAUACAACUUCUACUCCUUCAACAACAUCCACCCUUUCUCAAGAUGAUUACCUCGAAAGUAUCUCGAUUCAAGAUAUCCUAUCAUCAGAUAUCGACGCGAGUGAAAAAAUCGGAAACAAAAUCAUAAACACGGUCACCAAGUUUUCUUCAGAUUGCAAUACUUAUAAAGACAUAGAUCUUUCCAUACAUGACUUACCACUAGCCGGAGACUCCAUUUCAAUUAAUUUGGGCACAGAAAAUGUAAUAUUUCAUGAUUUCAAUCUUACAACAACAGGAGGAGAGCCUAAUAAUUCAGAUGAAAAAUUGCACUCGUAUUCGACUUCGAUAAGAUGCCAAUCAUCAAAAAUGGGAGAAGUGGAGGCGAAAUUACCAAAGAUUAUAAAAAUUACAGCUGCUCUGAAAGUGAUUCAAAUUUCCGGUUUCUUGAAAGAGGUAGUCAUUCCAGGAUCUAUAUCUCUUAUAUUGAGAAAUGGUUCUAUUGCGAAGCAGUUUUCCAUUGAAACCACCAAAUCCACGAAUUAUCAAAAUGAUAUCUCAUCUAGAAUAAUCUAUUCUGAUUCAGAGAUACAUCUGAACACAGAUGCCAGAUUUCAAGUAGCAAUUUACAACAAAUUAGGAAUUUUCAUCAAAGAAGUUGAAUAGUCGAUCAAAAAAAUUUUUACAAAAAAAUUAAACGAAAAACUUCUCCAGAAUGGUAUUUCCUUGACGGAUAUCUGCUCAAAAUUCGAAACCACGGAUGAAAGUUCGCAGGUCCAGUCAUCAAUUUCCAACAACAAUCUGAACGAUUUAUACUACGUAAUCCCAAACGCAAAACUAGAAACAUGGAAAGGUGUAGAUUUAAGUGCCGGACCGAUUAUAAUUAAAGGACUAUCAUCUUUCAACAGUACCGAAUUGAACGUGAUUAACAACCUAUAUUCUGAUCCAACGAGUACAGGAUAUCCUACCAAUCGUCCUACGACAUCGAAAUUCGGCGAAUUAGAACUGAAAGAAAUAACGGUGCGAAUUAGGACGAAUGAUUUGAGAGGUAAAUUAGAUUGGAGUUACAACAAUAAACGAAAAUCAUUCAUUUUCUUCCUGGAUUACAUAGAGUUUGAAAUUAGGAAAACCAGACGGUAUUUUGAAAAAAAAGUUGAAGUGAGUUUGCGUUUGCAAGAUAUUCGUUUCAAAUCAUUGAAAUCGAACGUUAAUGAAAACGAAAGUGAAUUUGCACUAUUUGUUCUUAACGAAUAUUUGAAAUCUGCUAUCGUGAAUUCGAUAAAAACGUCGUUAGAUGAAAAAGAAAAACGCCUGGUUCCUGCUUUAUUCUCAAAUUGCGAAUUUUUAAAAUCAUAAUAAUGAAAUUUUUAAACUUUAUGUGAAUCGGAAAACAUACCUAAAAAUUCUGAAAUAAUUAUUACCUAUGUAACCUAAUCUUCGAAGUAGGUACCUAAAAUUUAUGAUAAAGUUUUGAUAGCUAGGCCAGUCAAAGUCUAACUAUAGACGAGAAAUUCAAGCAUAAAUAAUUAAGUAAUCAUCUAUUCCCGAUUAGCGCUCGGUGGCAGUAAAAUUGCCAACUGCCAAUUGUGAACUUUUGGCAAAAAUUCGGGUAAAAGUUGGCAAAAUCUCCACCAAUGAAAACGCUUUAUUU